UACUACAACAUGGACUCUAGCACUAAGACGUCGCGACCGCGCCUGGUCGUCCUGGGUUCUGGCUGGGGAGCGAUGAGCUUCAUCAAGAGUCUUCCGGCCAACAUCAGCGAAAUGUAUGAGGUGGUCGUGGUGUCGCCCCGCAACUACUUUCUGUACACGCCUCUUCUCCCAGCCGUUGCGACCGGCACCAUGGAGGAGCGGUCAAUCGUGGAGCCGGUUCGGAACUUCAUCAUCGGCAAGGAGGGGGGAAGGGGUAGGCGGCUUCUGUGUAGCUGCUCCCGUGCCUGCCCUCUCCGACGAUGUUGUUUUCCUGCUGCUGCUGCUGCUGCUACUGCUGCUGCUGCUGCAGCUGUUGCUACUGCUGCUGCUGCAGCUGUUGGCUCGGUCAACAACACGUUCGGUAUCCGGGGUGUCGACCAGUACUGCUUCUACUUCAAAUCCAUUGAGGACGCGGGCCGGCUUAGGGCUCGAGUGUCCGAGUGCUUCGAGCGGGCAGCGCUGCCUGCCACCCCAGAGGAGGAACGCAAGAAGCUGCUCACGUUUGUGGUGGUGGGCGGGGGCCCCACGGGCGUCGAGGUGGCGGCGGAGCUGUACGACAUGAUUGAGUGCGACCUGUCGAAGCUUUACCCUAACAUUGUCUCGAUUCAAAUUGUGGAGCUGAUGGAUCACGUGCUGUCAACGUACGACAGGGCCAUCUCCAUUUACACUGCCGAGCAGUUCAAGCGCGCAGGCAUCAAGCUGGUUCUAAACAGCCGGGUGGCGGCCGUUGAGGACGGCUGUGUUCGGGUGGUCAACAAGGCCAACGAGGUUACGGAGAUAAAGUUCGGAGCCUGUGUGUGGGCGACGGGUAUUGCGAUGAACCCCCUGAUACGGCAACUUCAGGAGAAGCUGCCUGGGCAGUCGCACUUCAGGUCGGUCCUGACUGACGAGUGCCUCCGGGUGAAGGGCAGUGAUGGCAGCAUCUGGGCGUUGGGGGAUGCGGCCACCAUUGACCAGCCCAAGGUGAGUGGCUGGGUAGCCAACCAGCAGGGCAAGUACCUGGCCAAGGUGUUUUCAUCCACCAAGAUUACGGGUAAUCCGGAGGGAGGGGGGUUGAGGGUGAGGGUGAGGGCGAGGGCGAGGGCGAGGGGGGGCUGGUACUUCCACAAGGGCUCGGCGGCCUACGUGGGCAGUGACAAGGCCGUGUUCGACCUGCCGCGUCUCGGGCCCCUCACGGGCACCGGAGCGGGCUUCGUGUGGAAGAGCUACGAGACCAUGUCGCAGUUCUCCUUCCGCAACCAGUGCCUGGUGGCGGCGGACUGGCUGCGCACCAAGAUAUUUGGACGGGAUAUCUCCAGAGUGUGAUUGUGUGUGUACGUAUGUGCAUGCAUGUAUGCAUGCAUGCAUGCAUGCAUGCAUGUAUGUAUGUAUGUAUGUAUGUAUGUAUGUAU